UGUAGGCCGUCCAUCUCGCGCAGAUUAGAGAUAAGAUGUCCUCCUAGCUAGCUCUCGCCAUGGAGCUGCCGCUCUCUGCGCCGCGCGCGCAUGCCGCCGCUGCCUUCUCCUGCGGCUCCACUUCCAUCUUCCGCCUCUAUGGGGCAGCCACUUCCCGCAGCCGCGCGCUCCCGCUGCACGCCCGCAGGAACAAGAACUCCAGCAGCGACGACGGAGCGGAGCCCAAGGUCAUCACCAUCGGCCGGCCCGGGAAGAAGAGCAGACGGCGCGGCGACAAGAAGAAGGAUCAGCAGCUUCUCCCCGUGGACCAAGAAGACUUGGCCGACGACGAGGAGGAAGAGGAUGAAGAGGAGGAGAGGGACGUGGCGAUCCCGGAGGUGGUGACGAACCGGAUGAUGCGGCGGGUGGGCGCGUCGGUGGGGCUCCCGCUGGCGCUGGGGCUGGCCUUCUUCCCGGCGUUCUACUACCUGAAGAAGGUGGCGAAGGUGGACGUGCCGAGCUUCAUCCCCUACGGCCUGUCCUUCGUCUUCUUCGGGGCCGCGCUGGCCGGCGUGAGCUACGGCAUCGUGUCCGCCAGCUGGGACCCCGCCAGGGAGGGCUCCCUGCUCGGCUGGAACGAGGCCCGCCGCAAUUGGCCUGUGUUCUGGGAGUCAUUCCGGGGAGGCUCUCCGGACCCUCCUCGCCGGCGAUGAUGAUUGGCUGUGGUGGUAACUCGAUUGAUUAAUCUGUAUUGUUUUCCACAUUUCUUCUUCUUCUCGCUGUACUUAGCUAUAGAUGUGUAUUUCUUGGGUAUAAGACAAUGAGAUUUUCUUCGGCUUUCUUAUCA